GCAUCGAGUUCGUGCCCGCCCGCCGCGGCCUGGCCGGGCAGCUGGAGCAGCUGCGGGACAAGUACCAGCGCAUCGGGGCCGAGGCCCUCGGCCGCCCUCUCGGCAGCAGCGGCGGCCUUCAGGAGCGGCCGCAGAACCCCCGGGGACACGGCCCUGCCCUGCCGGGGGCCGCGGGUGACGGGAUCCCCGCGCCGCAGAAGGUGCUCUUCCCAGCCCAGAAGCUCUCCAUGAAGUGGGAGCGGGUUCACCGUGUGGGCGCCGGGCUGAGUAACCUGGGGAACACCUGCUUCCUGAACUCGGCGCUGCAGUGCCUGACCUACACUCCGCCACUCAGCAACUACCUGCUCUCCCGGGAGCAUGGACGCACCUGUGCCCACGGAAGCUUCUGCAUGAUGUGCACUAUGCAGAACCACACCAUACAGGCUUUUGCCAACAGCGGCAAUGCAAUAAAGCCACUCUCCAUCAUCCGAGACCUCAAGAAGAUUUCCCAUAACUUGCGCUUCGGCAGGCAGGAGGAUGCGCACGAGUUCCUGCGUUACACCAUCGAUGCCAUGCAGAAGGCCUGCCUGAAUGGCUACACCAAGUUGGAUCGCCAGACCCAGGCCACAACUCUGGUUCACCAGAUCUUUGGUGGUUACCUGCGGUCCCGUGUGAAAUGUUUGGAGUGCAAGACUGUCUCGGACACCUACGACCCUUACUUGGAUGUGACGCUGGAGGUCGAGCGAGCCGCAAACAUCGUGCGGGCCUUGGAGCUGUUUGUGAAGCCAGAGCAGCUGGGUGGGGACAACGCUUACAGGUGUAGCAUGUGCAGGAAGAAAGUGUCGGCCAGCAAACGUUUCACCAUCCACCGAGCCUCCAACGUUCUCACGAUUUCAUUGAAACGCUUUGGCAGCUGCAGCUCUUCAGGUGGAAGGAAAAUCACCAAGGACGUGGGGUACCCUGAGUUCUUGGACAUCCGCCCGUACAUGUCUGAGCCCAAGGGUGACCCCAUCACGUAUGGACUCUAUGCAGUGCUGGUGCACUCUGGGUACAGCUGCAAUGCAGGGCACUACUUCUGCUAUGUGAAGGCCAGCAAUGGGCAGUGGUAUCGAAUGAACGACCAUGAGGUCCACCCCAGCAACAUCAAGGUGGUUCUCAACCAGCAGGCCUAUGUGCUGUUCUACCUGAGGCUGUGCAGCCCCAGGAAGAGCUCAGCAGGGCCCAUGGCCACGGCUGCCUUCAGCCCGCCCAGCUGCACUGGCAGCAGCUCCAAGCAGGUGAAGAAAGCUGAGAUUAACGGGGUCCUGUCUGUGCCACCCACGGGCACGAAACAAGACAAGCUGCUGGGGAAGGGGCUGCCAGGCCCAGGUGAUGUUGGAGUCCCUGUUGCCCGCAGCUCUCUUGGGAUGGGGUCAAAGCUGACAAACGGAAUUGCUCUGUCAAAGCUGCCCUCUCAGACCCCAUCAUCCACACUGCCCCACAAAGCCACCCACGAGGCCACAGCACUGGGCUGUGACACAGUCCAGAGGCCCAAGAAGCCACAGACACCUGGCAUGCCCAGAGCAGGCUUCCAUGUCACCAGCAUCAUGAGCGGGGCCAGAGCAGGGCUGCCCCCACAGCACUCAGACAGUGAGAAGCCACCUACCUCAUCCAAGCUGCUGAAGCCCAGUCAGGAGCCCAGUGGCUGUGGGGUGAUAGCCAGGACCCUGAAGAAGGAUUCCCGGAGCAGCACAGCAGGGCAGCUGGCCAAGGAGACCCACAAGGCCAAGAGCAAUUCCAGCAGCUUCUGCAUCUCUCAGGGAAGGGACUGUGGCACCCACCUCCCCGCUGGCCCUGGCACAAAGCUGGCCGUCCCUAAAGACUCUGACCUGGCUGUCCCCAAAAGCUGCGGGACAGCCACUGUGGAACUCUCCCCGCCGGGCAGCGCCGCUCUGGAGGGGGGCAGCACCACAGCACCGCUGCUGGCUAAGAAACCAGUGCUCUCAGCCAGAAAGGGCAAACCCUCUCAAAAGGUGAGCGUGAGUGACCACCAAGCACAAUCCCAGCCCUCAGCCACCACCCAUCCUGACUCCACUCCUAGGCCUCUGGGCAAGUCCAGCAGGGAGACGGGAUCUGGCCAGAUGGAACCAGAGGGUUCCUUCAAAAAGAAGCGGCGGAAGAGGAAGCAUCGUAGCACAGAUAGGAGCCCUUAUGCUGUGGCUGUGAAGGAUGUGGAUGAAGUCUCCAGUCCUCCCAAGAAGGAGAGAAUUGUUUCUCCAGAGGGCUUCAAGGACAAAGACUCCAGGCCCCCCAAGAAGGAGAGCAUUGGCUCUCAGGACUUCUUGCCUGUCAUGGGGAAGGAGGUGGAAGACAAAGGUCUCAGCCAUGGUCUGGUCUGUCAGGACAUGAAGAGUGCGCCCAAGCAACUUGUGCCAGAGCCCAGUAUUGACCUGGGCACGGAGCCAACUUUCCCCCUCAAGAGGAAAAAGAAGAAAAAGAAGAAUAGGAGCAAAGACAGGCCUUUGAAGAAGACAGAAGAGUGCAGCUCUGGGAUGCUGUCUUCAGACAGCUCCAGGACAAGCGAGCCAGAGCCCUGUAAGACACAUCAGAGCGCGGAGGCUGGAGAGCACAAGCAGCGCAAACGCAAGUGGAUGGAAAGCCUCGGCAGCCUGGCCGCCAACACUGUCCCCACCAGCACCCCAGUGGCAGCAAGUCCCAGUGACAACCAGACUGGGGAUGAGAGGCACUCCCUGGCUGCCCUGAGCCCUGUGGCCAGCAAUUGGGCUGGUACAGGCUCUGAGGGCCAGGAGUCCAGUGUGGUGAGCAAGCUGCUCCAGAAUUCCUUGGACAAGGCUUAUGGCAAAGAAGUCUUGACCUGGCAGGGUGAGGUUUCGGCCGUGAGCCAGGAUGCCAUUCGGGACACAGCACUGGCCCAAAGCAGGACCGUCAUUGAUGAGUGGGACCAGGAGUUUGACAAAGGAAAGGUAAAGAAAAUGAAGAAGAUUAAGCAGGAGCGGAGGAGAGACUCAAAUCCAUUCCAGAAGCUGCAGAACAAGCGCAACUUCUGGUUGAUGUCACAUCCUGCCAAGAUGGCCAGCCUGGGCCACCGGCUCUCAGGUUGAGAUCUGCAUCCCCAACUGCUCAGAGAGCAGUCCCAGGUCAAGGACCGAGGGCAGCAGUGUCCUGCGAGCUGUUGGACCACGCUCAGAGGGGAGGGAAUACAGCCACGGCCCAGGGGUUGUGCCUUUUCCUUCGGGGAGCUGCUUUUCCAGCUGCAGAGGAGCCUGCCCGCUCUGCCUUGCCUCCAACCUGCCUCGGCGAGGCUUCUCGUCAGCUUCUCCGUGCCUCUUACCCUCCUUCCCCUGCCCUCACCUGCGGGGGCUCCUGGCAAGUGCCUCAAGCCCGUCCCUGUUGCUCCACGCUGCUGUGCCUCCCUUUCCCAGCGAUACUGACCCUCACCUUCCCCUGCUCCCCUCGCUCCAUGACCCCCGUCCCCUGCAGGCGCUGCAUUGGAAGCCCCCGCGGCGGCCCGGCCCCGCGCUGGCGCGGGG